GGGGAGACUUCAGCACAAGGCACUGCCAUGGAGGGGGACUGUCUUAGCUGUAUCAAGUACCUCAUGUUCAUUUUCAACUUCCUUAUAUUUCUUGGUGGUGCUUUCCUGCUGGGAAUAGGUAUCUGGGUGCUGGUGGAUCCCACAGGUUUCAGGGAGAUUGUGGCAGCCAACCCACUGCUCUUCACGGGGGUCUAUGUUAUCCUGGUCAUGGGAGGCAUGCUGUUUCUCCUGGGAUUCCUGGGCUGCUGCGGAGCCAUACGGGAAAACAAAUGUCUGCUGCUCUUUUUCUUCAUGCUUAUUCUGAUUAUAUUCCUGGCAGAGUUGGCAGCUGCCAUUUUGGCCUUCAUAUUUCGGGACCAUCUCACCAGAGAUUACUUCACCCAGGAAUUGAAAAGGCGCUAUCAAGGCCAUAACAACACUGAUGUCUUCACUUCCACAUGGAACGCCAUCAUGUCCACGUUUGACUGCUGUGGGGUGAACAGCCCUGAGGACUUUGAUGAAAGCCUCUUUAGACGAAUCUACCCCCACAAAAUGGUCCCUGAAAUCUGUUGCCUGAGGAACGAUCUGUUGCCUAGAGAUGGAGUCUACGUGAGCAAGGAUGAGUGUCUCAAGGGCAACAUGUUGUACCGUUACAAUAAGGGCUGUUACACAGCAGUAGUGGACUCUUUUGAGACAUACAUCUACAUGGCUGGAGCACUUGCCAUUGUGGUGCUGACAAUUGAACUCUUUGCCAUGGUGUUUGCAAUGUGCUUGUUCAGAGGAAUCCAGUGA